UAUACCGCUCCGCCGCCUCGGCUCUGCUCUGCUCUGCCCGUGUUCAAGAAGAACAAAACAGAGGAGGAGCUGAGCUGAUCUGCGCUACUACUAGCUAGGUAGAGCCGGAAAAGGGCCAUAUGGGGCGGUCGCCGUGCUGCGAGAAGGAGCACACGAAUAAGGGGGCGUGGACCAAGGAGGAGGACCAGCGGCUGAUCGCGUACAUCAGGGCCCACGGGGAAGGGUGCUGGCGGUCGCUGCCCAAGGCGGCCGGCUUGCUCCGCUGCGGCAAGAGCUGCCGCCUCCGCUGGAUGAACUACCUCAGGCCCGACCUCAAGCGCGGCAACUUCUCCGACCACGAGGACGAGCUCAUCAUCCGCCUUCACGGCCUCCUCGGCAACAAGUGGUCUCUGAUCGCGGGGCAGCUGCCGGGCAGGACGGACAACGAGAUCAAGAACUACUGGAACACGCACAUCAAGCGCAAAUUACUCUCCCGCGGCAUGAACCCGCGGACGCACCGCCCGCUCACGACGCCCACCACGGCGCCGCUGCAGCCCGCGGCGAUGCUCGCCCUCGCGAGGCCGCCGCAGGCCGAGUCUUCCUCCGACGGCGGAAGCAGCGGCACGGGGGAGCCGCCGCGGUGCCCCGACCUCAACCUCGACCUGUCCGUCGGCCCGCCGGCGGCGGACACCGAGUCGACGACGACCUCGCAGGUCUGCCUCUGCUACCACCUCGGCUUCCGCGGCGGCGAGGCGUGCAGCUGCCGCCUGCAUCAGGCCGAUGACGACACCUCAUCGGGGUUUAGAUAUUUCAGGCCCUUGGAACAAGGCCAGUACAUAUGAGACGACGAUGACAUGGCCAAAGACUCUCUCUCUCCCACAGCAAUUUGUAAGACGGGGAAUUUUUUUCCAGUGGAGUAAAAGAAAUCUAAUCUGUUCAUAUAUCGUCUUUUCCCUUCGCCCGAAAUUCAUGUUCCAUUUCUAUUAUUGGUUGGUGCUAUUCGGUUAAAGGAAGGGAUAAUGUGAGUACGUGACAAAGGUUGGUGUGGAGAGGGUAUUAUUGUUUCUGGCAUCC